CCAGUUUUGUCUGACUGCCAUGUCAAACCCAGUGAUUACUCACCAACCAGGGGCAGGGUCUUACGGCACAAAUGUGCAGACAGGCGAAUGGAGUACUCCCCUGUGCUCCUGCUGCAGUGAUCUCUUAGUCUGUGCCCUUGGCUGUCUCUGUCCCAUAGGACUGGCUUGCUACGCGGCCAAUAAGUAUGGAGAGAACCCAUGCCUGGCCUGUGUUCCAGGAGGCAUGUCUUCAAUGAGGACACACAUGAGACUUACUUAUGGCAUUCAGGGAACAGUUUGCAAUGAUGCAGUAAUGACCUUCUGCUGUGGUGUGUUUGAGACAUGCAGAAUGACCAGAGAAAUGCGAAUUAGGAAUGGAGAAGUUUAAUCAUGCCAUAAUUGAGCCCUAUUUUUGUUACAGUACAUAUACAACUGUA